GUGUUUGCUACUGAAUCGGGACAAGGGGCAGGAAAGGUUGCAGAGAUGCUGCAGGAGGAAAAAGCCUUGCAGCCAGAUCUUCGGAAGGUUUACUCAGAAUUGAAAGCUACGCAAGAAAAGGAGAAUGAGAUGGAAGGGAAGGAUCCAGAAGGACCUGAAAUUGACAAGAAAGCCCCGCUUCCCUUCCAGUCUGGGAAUGAUGUUGAAUUCUGGGGAAUAGCUGUGCAAGAGAUUCUAGAUCAAGAUACCAUGAACUCAGAUGUACAUAGGAGAUGCUUCCGGGAGUUCCAUUACCAUGAGGCUGAUGGACCCCGAAAGGUUUGCAGCCAGCUCCAUGGACUUUGCAAUCACUGGCUGAAGCCGGAGAGGUUCACCAAGAAGCAGAUACUGGACCUGGUGAUCCUGGAGCAGUUCCUGACCAUUCUGCCCCAGGAAAUACAGCGCUGGGUCAAAGGAUGUGGACCAGAGACCAGUUCUCAGGCAGUGGCCCUGGCCGAGGGUUUCCUCCUAAGUCAAGCAGAACAAAUGAGGCAGGGAGAGCAGAUGUGGGGACCAUCCAUGAAGAAGGAAGCUAAGUUAUCUGAGGUCGAAGGAAGUCUGUUGGAAGUAGGGCAGAGGGCACAAGCCCAGGAGCAUGAUCAAGAUUCCCUCUCUAAUGGCUCAGGGGAAAUGUUGAGCCAUCAUCUUUGCAAAGGUGUGGAAAUGGCUGCUGCACCCCAGGUCCAGAGUCUGUUUCCCUUUGAAGAGGUGGCUGUUUAUUUCACUGAGGCAGAGUGGGCCCUGCUGGAUCCAGAUCAACGAGCUCUCUACAGGGAUGUCAUGCUGGAGAACUAUGGGAGCAUGACCUUUCUUGAAGCCAGGAAUUUAAAAGAGAUUCCAGCAGAAAUAAACAAAAGCUUCACAUCCAAAGGAGAGCUGGAGCCUUCGACAAUACAGAGAGCUGGAGAGCUGGAGAGUUUCUCAACAGAAUCUCAAGAGAGAAUUCCCUUCCCAAAUGAGCUUGUUUCAAGAGACGAUGUCAAGGAGAAGGUUGGAGAAUUCCAGCAAUUCUCAUUGGAUAGAGAUAAGGAAGGACAAUCUCAGUGUAAUUUCAGGGAUGAGGAGAGACCAGAGAGGCAGAAGGGAAGUCAUGGAGAGAAGAUGAGGGAAAAAUCCAUUCCCUGCCAAGAAAGGGAUUUUCAUGAAGUAAUUCCCAAGGUGGAGGAAACAUAUGAAUGGUUGGAUUGGGGACCAAAUUUCUCAGCUCAAACUCAGUAUGAUAAUGAUUUGCGAAAGCCCCCUGAAAAGAAGGUCCAUAAUUGCUUCCAGUGUGGAAAGAGCUUCCUGUGCGGAGAAGAGCUCAUGAGACACCAGAGAAUCCAUAUAGGAGAAAAGCUGUAUUGCUGCUCAGACUGUGGCAAAAGGUUCUCAGAGAAUUCAAACCUUAUUCAACACCAGAAGGAGAGUUCCCACCAUUCAGGAGGGAAGUCAUUUGUCUGCUUAGACAAUGGAAAGAAUUCCUCUGUUGGGAAGGCAGAUGAAUCACAGAGGAGAUCACAGCUCCUUUUGCACCAAAGAACCCACCUGGGAGAGAAACCUUUUGAAUGCUCAGAGUGUGGAAAGAGAUUCAAACAGAGUGCCAGUCUUCAUCAGCAUCUAAAAACUCACACAGGUGAGAAACCUUUUGAGUGUACAGAGUGUGGAAAAAGAUUCCAUUACAAGGUACUUCUUCACCACCAUCAGAGAACUCACACAGGGGAGAAACCUUUCCAGUGCUCAGAGUGUGGAAAAAGCUUCAGCUGGAGAGGCAAUCUUCAGAAGCAUUUAAGAAGCCACACAGGGGAGAAACCUUUUGAAUGUUCAGAGUGUGGAAAGAGAUUCAGACAGAGUGUCAGUCUUCAACGGCAUCUCAGGAUCCACACAGGUGAGAAACCUUUUGAAUGCUUAGAAUGUGGAAAGAGAUUCAGUUUGAGUGGUGAUCUUCAACAACAUCAAAGAAUUCACACAGAGAGAAGAUUUGAAUGCUCAGAGUGUGGAAAGAAAUUCAGAGGGAGAUGCCAUCUUCAACAUCAUCGAAAAACCCACAUAGGGGAAUGUCUGGUGAAGCCUUUGCUCUCAGACUUCUCAUCCACAACAAUCCAAGAUUCGGAGGACAUCCUUCAAGGCACUGCAAACAGAGUCCAGGCCAGUGUGGGAGAGCCAUGGAAGAUAGAGACAGAUGUCAAAGGCCCUGGGCAUAGCACCACCAGCUCUGGGCAUAGCACCACCAACACCCAACAAAAACAGUCCAGUUCUACAGAGCUUGGAGCAACAAAUACCUUCGAACCCAGUGGUGGUGGAAGGAUGUCAACUGACAAUGAUGGUAACCCACCAUGAAUGUCGGAGAGCUUGGGGGAAGGAAAGGUGCUAUGGAGAGCAAUGAGCCUUAUCUCAACCCCUGACUACUACACUGAACGUCUGCCUAGCCUCCAUAUGGACCACCAGAGAAAAGGCACACAAAGUGCUCAGUGGUUCAGAAAAUGGAACCAUCACAACAAGCUGAUUUUGGUAGAGUGGAUGAAAGAAAAUUUUGAAGAGAAAAGAACACAAAAGGAUGGAAGAGGAGCCUGAAUAAAAGAAGGCUGGCUUUCUGUUGGAUUAGUACCAAUCAGAAUGGAACUUGGUUCUGACUGGAUGCAAUUGAGCUUCCUAGACAGGGUUGGGGGGCGGGCUUUUCCCUUAGAAGCAAAAUGACAGGUGGAAAGGGGGAAAGGUGACUGAAGAGGAUGAAUUGUGCUCAGAGUGGUCUGAAAAAAACUGUACACCAAGAAAAGUCAGAGUAGUAGUAGGCUAGAUGUAGAGGCUUAAAACAGUAUAGUUGAAACAGGGCAAGUCCUCUGUGGCCUCUUUUUUUAGUGACCCAAGAAAGUCAAAUUUGAUUGGGUAUUAACUACAUACACAUAAUUACUGGUGAUCUGAACUGGAAAACUACACAUGGAAGGAAUUUGAGGGAUGGGCAUGGGCUCAGUGGCAAACAGAAUGUUCCAAGUUCAGUGCACACAAGACUGAUUUUGAUAGAUAUAAUUAGGACUGACAGGCAGAGGUGGGAUCCAACCAGUUCUCACCACUUCUCUAGAAGUGGUUACUAAUUUUUUCUGAGUGCCGAAAAGGGGUUACUAAAGCAACCUCCCUGCCCAAUAGGGGCUGAAGGUGCGUGUGUGCGGCGGCGCCACUGUUUGAAUCCCACCACCUUCGGAACCUGUUAUUAAAAUUUUUGGAUCCCACCACUGCUGACAGGUGGCCUGGAGAAAAAUGCCCUAUUCCUUUCAUAGAAGAUUAGUGUGUAGAAAUGGGCCAGGGAAGCUUUUCACAUCAUAGAGAUAACAUCCUGUUAAACCUCUUCCAAAGGGAUAGAGCCAGACAGGCAUAGUUGAAUGGCUCAAGUGAACAAAUGGAAACUUUGCCCAGGCAAGUUGCUGGCAAUGAAGGGCUGAGAUGUUAAACAAAUUGCGUUUCACGCUUCCACAAGUACGCAAAAUUCAAGUACUCAAGCAGAUUUUUCAUUCAGAUGAAUUAGUAUAAUACCUAGAAUUAAGUGUAUUUCGUGGCAAGUUCCUUUCUAUAUACCUUGCAGCCAGUUUGGGGCCACACUAGCACAUUUGCCCUCCACAUAAGUACUGCUCACGUCAGCAAGGAGGGCAAACUGAAAGGCAGUCCCUGACAUAAGAACGUGCCUGCUGGAUCAGACCAGAGUCUAUCUCAGGGGUAGGGAACCUUUAACACUCAAAGAGCCAUUUGGACCCAUUUUCCAAGAAAACACUUGGAGCCGCAAAUAAUUUUUGACAUUUAAAAUAAA